AUGUCGAACAUCACAACGAAGACGAACCGGCCAGGUUAUUAUGGCAAGGGCUCUGUUGAAGUUGCUCCCCCAGUCGCCGACAACGAAGGACCGAUCCGUCGCUCAGCAAUCAGCGCCGAGUCACUGGUCGAGCCCCCCUUUCUCGGUAUCGAAACCGUAUACGAGCUCGUUCAAUAUUGCGCCAAGACUCACGGCAACCGCAACGCAGUUGGCUGGAGGGACAUUGUCAACACUAUUGAAGAGGAGAAAGAUGUGAAGAAAGUCGUCGACGGCAAAGAGAUAACGGAGAAGAAGAAGUGGAAAUACUUCCAACUUAGCGACUACAAGUACCUUACUUUCGUGGGGCUACUCGAAGCAGUCGAUGAAGUCGCUCGCGGGCUAGUCGACAUGGGAGUGACCACGGACGACAUCUUCAACAUUUACGCUCAGACGAGUCUCAACUGGCAGCUGAUGCAAAAUGCUUGCUCUUCCAUCUCUACAACAAUUGCGACGGCAUACGACACCCUUGGUCCUGCUGGAUUAACCCAUUCCUUAAACGAGCCCCACUGUGUUGGCAUCUUCACCAAUGCCGAACUACUUCCUACCCUCGUCAAGGUCCUUCCCGAUACCCCUUCCAUCAAAUAUGUCGUUUUCGAUGGAGAACCAUCUUCUAAAGUCCUCAGCGCAAUUUCUGAGGUCCGCUCGGAUGUCAAGGUUCUUAGUCUUGACGAGAUUCGCGCGCGGGGCAAAACUUUACCAAUGUCCCUGGUCGAAGGUCGCCGACCAAAAUCCGACACUGUCAGUUGCAUUAUGUACACCUCUGGUUCCACUGGUCCCCCGAAAGGUGUCGUCAUUACCCACCGCAAUCUCAUCGCUUCGGUUGCUGGAGUUCAUAAGCUCCUCGGCCACCACUUGACGGAAGACGACGCUUUUCUUGCUUAUCUUCCUCUCGCCCACAUUCUUGAGUACAUUGUCGAGAUGAUCAUGCUUGUUGCGGGCAUGCCUCUUGGGUUUGGGCGUGUCAAGACGCUUACGGACGCGAGCGUGCGAAACUGCGAUGGUGACAUCAAAGCUUUCCGUCCAAGCAUUAUGGUCGGUGUGCCUGCUGUUUGGGAAACUAUUCGCAAGGGAAUCGUCGGCAAGGUCCAGGCUGGAGGGGCAAUCCGAAGCAGUGUGUUCCGGGGCGCAGUCGAAGCGAAAAAAAGAGCGAUGCCCGGGUUGUCCCAACUUGCUGACAAUGUCAUUUUGAGCAGCGUUCGGGCUGCUACAGGUGGUCGCCUUCGUAUUGCUAUGAGUGGUGGUGCCGCUAUCAGCAAAGAAACCCAAGAAUUCCUCAGCGUGGCUCUCGUGAUGCUUCUGCAAGGCUAUGGGAUGACUGAGUCUUGCGGUAUAUGCGCAAUCGUGCCCCCGGAAUGCUUCCGCUACGAUAGCGUCGGUCUCCCAGUCCCCAGUGUUGAAAUUAAGUUCCUUGAUGUCCCUGAGGCCGGUUAUUUCAGUUGUGGGCGGAACGGAAGCACAGAGGAACGUGGCGAAGUCUGCCUUCGUGGACCUUCCGUUAUCUCUGGUUACUACAAACGACCCGACCUCAACUCCGACCCAACCAUCUUCCCUGGCGAUGGCUGGUUACGAACCGGCGACGUAGGCCGGUGGAACCCCGACGGAACCCUCAGUCUCAUCGAUCGUAUUAAGAACUUGGUGAAACUUGCGGGUGGAGAGUAUAUCGCUCUGGAACAACUCGAAUCAACAUACAAGUCCUGCAACCUGGUAGCGAACAUCUGCGUUCAUGCUACACCAGACGCUAAAGCACCUAUUGCACUCAUCUUCCCUCACGAAUCCAACCUCCGUGCUGCUCUCCGUAACCAUAAUGACGUUGACGAGAAGCAAGGCAUGGCCGACUUGUGCAGCAACCAUCACGUAUCGGCUCUUGUGCUCAAGGAGUGCAACGUCCUCGGCAAGAAGAACGGGUUCAAGGCGAUGGAGACACUGACUGCGGUCAUUUUGACACCAGAGGAGUGGACUCCAGAAAAUGGACUCGUCACUGCUGCUCAGAAGAUUCAGCGGACGGCAAUUUCUCGCGCGUUCGACGCGGAGAUCAAGGAGGCCUAUAAGAACCAGUAG